AUGGAUGAUAUCACUACAGAAUUAAAAACUCAAUCAAUGUGUCAGGAAAUAGCUCCUUUUGUCAUAGAAUUGGAAGGAAGAGGAGCUGUUUGCGUCAAGGGUGAUUCUCUAUAUGAAUUAACCAAAUAUGAUGGCAGCAAAGUUCAAGUCACAAGUUUAGUAUCACAAGAAGGAAUUUCAUUUUUUCCAGUCUCUUCAGAUUUAACUCAAAACGAUAGUAUUUAUGUAGAACAACCUCUUUUUAUAAAUGUGCCUAUUGAAAAUACUCAAAAUGAAUUUGUAUUAGAUGAAGAAACUGUUGCAGUUCCUCUUGAGAAUUUAGAGACUAAAAAAAAUUAUCAAGAAAUUAGUAAUUUUCAAAUUUCUGAUAGCAUAACUACAGAAAUGGGUCAGUUUACAGAAUUUGACAACAAAGUAUCAAUUUUAGAAUUGGUUGAUAAUCCUGAAUUGAAGGAUAAACCAUUAGCACAAUCUGUUAUAAAAAAAAAUCCAACUUGCGAUAUUGUCUGUGAAGUUACUUCAAAUGACUAUUUGCCAGCUUUUGUCAUUGAUGCAAAUGAUAAUUUAAGUAGUAUUAAAAAUGAUGAUAGUGAUGUAACUAUUCAAAAUAUUAAUGAUACUGAAAAUUGUGUGGCAGAAAAUAUUGAAGAACCUUCAAUGAAUUCUGCUGCAGAAAUAGUUUCAAAUUUAAAAUCAUCAGUCGUAGAUGAAGCACCGACAACCAUUAAAAGGGGAAGACCCAAAAAAGAAAAAGAAAUUGAGCCACCAUUAAGAAAAGGUCCUUUUGUGUGUGAAGUUUGUCAUUUUAAAGUGGACACAUGGUCACAGUUAAAGUCUCAUAAAUUGCUGCAUUCCAAAGAAAAUAAACCAUUUGUUUGCAAAGUGUGUUGUGUAAGUUUUAAUGUUGAAAAAAAUCUAAAUCUCCAUAUGUUGUUGCACAAUGUAGGAAAUUUAACUUGUCCUGAAUGUAAUAAAGUAUUUACUAGAUUUGCAUCAUUUAAAGCUCACUUACCCAUUCACGAAGAAGAGGAAAAUGUUUUUUGCUCUGAAUGUGGUGAUGAAUUUACAAGCAUUCUUCAUUUAGAGCAACACCUUCAGGAUCACAGAAACGAAUGGGAAAAAACAAUAUCUGGUGAUGAUGUAGAGCCAAAGAAUGCUUUGACUUGUAAGACAUGCAAUAGAAUUUUUACAAACCCAAUUACUUUCGAGUGUCAUAAAAAAGAUCAUCAAAAACUUAAAAAUCAAUUACUUGCUCUGGCACCUAAAAGAAAAAGGAAAAGAUUUUGGAAUUCGAAUGGGGGUAACUACACCAAUGAAUGCUCUGUGUGUAAAAAAAGUUUUCCAAAGCCAAGUCAACUUGUUCGCCAUAUAAGAAUACACACUGGAGAAAAACCAUUUAAAUGUACUACUUGCUCUGCUGCUUUUAGUCAAAAAGGUUCUCUUCAAAUUCACAUGUCCAAGCAUAACGGAUACAAACCUCAUGUCUGUUCUUGUUGUUCAUUAUCAUUUUCACAGCGUGGAAACUUAAUAACUCACGUUAAUAAAGUUCAUAGAAUUCCGAAGGAAGGAGAAGAAAUUUAUAAAUGCGUCAAGUGUCCGUGUUCAUUUAAAAAGUUAGCUAGUUUAAAUUGUCACGUUACUAGAUUUCACGUUGGAGUAGAAAACAAUAGUAAACCAAAUUCUGAAGCCACUGGUUCCGAGGUAGAUGCAUUGUUAAAUCAAAUUGCAGAAUUACGGAAUAGUUUGCCAUCUACUUCCGAUAUGGAUAUAUUACAAACAGCUAUCAGAAUAAGCGGAUUGCCAGUCUCGAUGAAAUCAACCGAAGAGGGAACUGAUCGUCUUAGUAAAGAUAAUUUAGUCAUUGAUAAUUUGUUUACGGAAAAUUCUACUCAAAAUGCAGACGCAGGAUCCGAAAUCCGAGUAGUGACAAUAGCCGACAAAAGCGACGAUGGAAAUAUAAAGCAUUUUACGGUUCGUCAAAGAAGAGAAGGAAAUAUACGAUGGCAUCAGUGCAACGUGUGUCAAAAAGAAUUUAAAAAGCCUUCGGAUUUGAUAAGGCACAUUAGAAUUCACACGAGAGAGAAACCUUUCAAGUGCAAUCAGUGUUUUAGAACGUUUUCGAUAAAAUCAACUUUAAAAUCUCACGCAAGAACUCACCAAAGUUUCAAACUUUACGAGUGUAAAAUGUGCGGGAAAAAGGUGUCAUCCUCUAGAAGCCUUAAAAUUCAUCAAAGAUCUCACGUAGGAAUCAGACCUUUCACCUGCAACGUGUGCAUGAAAUCUUUUACCACGUCGGGACAGCUAAAAAAUCAUUGCACGACUAAUUCUCACAAAACGAAAGUCGAUAACCCGGCCGGAGAUUUAGAAACCGUUAAUAACAAUUAUUUUUUCGAAGAGCCUUUUCUCAUAGUUGGCGGAGAAUUCAGACAACAGCUAUCGAGAAAAGAAAAAUUAAUUACUCGUAGUCAAAAUGCCAGCAGCACGGAACGUCCGUACGAAUGUGAAUAUUGUCAGCUUAAAUUUCGUAAAUCGAGUCAUUUAAAACAGCACAAGUUACAACAUACCGGUGAAAAACCCUUUUCCUGCGUGGUCUGUCACAAAAACUUUACGACGAACGGCGUGUUAAAAAUGCAUUUGAAGACUCAUUUAGGACAAAAAGAUUUCGGAUGUGAUAAAUGUACUAGUAAAUUUUCUACGAAGGGUAGUUUAAAGAGACACAUACAAACGUUUCACAGCGAAGAUCGUCCAUACAUGUGCCCUUACUGCCAAAAACGAUUUAAAACAUCUGUGAAUUGUAGGAAACACAUAAAAAUACACAGGUACGAUAAUAAUCAACAGUUUAUACGAUUGAAACCGAAUGAAAUUUAUUCCGAAACGGAUAAAGUUAUUACGGAACAAAACGAAGUCGCCAACAGCAGCAGCGCAGAUGAGGAAAAAAUACCAAAAUCAAAAACACCCGAUAACAUCAGUCACACCCUGUUGGCAGACUCUACAGGAACCAUAACGUUAUCCGCUCUAAAUCAAGAAUCUCUGACUCAAGAGAGCAUAAGAGAAUUGGAACAAACUUUAAAUCAGCAACUCUUUGGAACGGAACAAGGGCCCGAGUACAGUGUUCAAAUGAUAUCGACCGGAGAAAAUGACAAGGAAAAUGAUUUUAUAGAGCCGUCGUUAUUAACGAAGCCUUUGAUUUUAAGCGUGGAUGAAACCAUACGAGAACCGUCGAUAGUACACGCCGUGUUUUCACAAACGGAAGAGCUGCAAACUGUUUCGAAUAUGUCCGAAAUACUGCCCGACACGAAAGACCCCGAACCGGAUUACGCUGACAUUAAUGAUAAUAACGAUAAAGAAAAUGAGGAAAACGCUUUUUGUCAGAAAGAAAAUAAAAGUUACGCUUGCAACACGUGCGAUAAAGUAUUUUCAUCUCUUCAAACUCUGAAAACUCACACGAAAAUGCAUAUGGGGAAAAAAGAAUUCAAUUGCGAACUCUGCGGCUGGAGCACGUUGACGAGGUCAUCUCUCAGACGACACGCAAGUAUGCACAACGUGGGUAAAAAAUAUUCAUGUUCGGAAUGUUCGGCGAAAUUCCGCUUGGAAAUUCAUUUGAAAAAGCAUCAAAAAGUGCACGAAGUCAGCGGGACCGAUGGUAAUAAUCGCAUCAACAGGAGAAGCAAAGGUCCCUUCAGGGAAUUCAGUGAUGCCGAAACGGAACUCCUGGCGGCGCAAGACAUCAGACACGGAGCCAGCGUUUCGGAGAAAGUUUUAAUAGAAUCCGCUGCCGAAAAGCUUAGAAUAGAAGAUAAAAAAAAGGAAGAAUUGCCGGGAAAAGAAAGUCGUUCGAACUUUGGAAACGAUUGCAAAUAUUGUCAGAAAAGUUUCAAAAAACCCUCGGAUUUGAUUCGACACAUACGAGUGCACACGGGCGAACGUCCCUUUCAAUGCACGCAAUGUAAUAAAUGCUUCCGAGUUAAAUCAACCCUUUCGUCUCAUCUUCGAACGCACUACGGAGUCAAACCCGUUUCUUGCCACAUUUGCCAAUCAAUGUUUGCUGCGAAAAGUUCGCUCAAAGUUCACAUGAGACUUCACACGGGAGCGAAACCGUUCGAAUGUCCGAUUUGCAAUCAAAGAUUCCGGACUUCGGGUCACAGAAAAAACCAUUUGCUAUCCCAUGCUAAAAACAAACCUAAAACGUGGAAAAAGCAACAAUUGCAAAUGUUGAAUAAAAUAGCCGUGGCUUUGGUCGUGAAUUUGUCAGAAGAGGGAGAAAUAAAUAAAAAUGGAGAAUUGAAACCUGGAGAACAAAACGUUUUACAACAGGCUUUUGAUUCCAGCGUGAUCGACACGAUUGAAAACGAAUCGGAAAACGAUGGCCUUUUACUGCAAUUGAACGAUCAAAACAAUAUCGUCCAGUUACUUUCCACAGAACAAAAUGAGCGAGACGUUGUUACGACGGCGGAAGAAGACAACCCGCAGCAACAACCGAUGCAAUUUCAAAUCUACACAUCGGACGGUCAAGUCUACAUAACCCAUCCCAACUCGGAUUUGAUAAUAUGUUCGGACGAAAGCGUCGAAAGCAACAACGAAAAAAAUGGAGUCGUGACGAAUAACGUGUCGGAAGAUGGAGGAAUGAUGACAAAAAUGGGAAACGCGUGUAAAUAUUGCAACAAAACAUUUUCAAAGAAAAGCCUUUUGGAAAGACAUUUGAGAGUUCACACGGGAGAGAGACCAUAUUCUUGCGAUUUGUGCGGUAAAAGAUUCACUCAGAGCAACGCGUUAAAAACUCAUUUGAAAGCUCAUAAAGGCGAUCGAGCUUUUUCUUGUCCCUAUUGUGAUUUUUCAUGUGUUCAAAAAGGAAAUCUUCGCAUUCACAUGAGCAGGACUCAUCAGUUUGCAUAUUUCAUGGGCGACGACGACGACGACGAUAAUAAGAAAACAAACGGAAAAUUGAAAACAAACAAAAAUAAUAUAAAUUUAUAUUCCGACACCUUAUUGAAAAUCCCAUAUAAAUCUCCGACGACGGUGAGAACGACGGAUAUUGAACAAAUGGUCGGAGAAUUAUUUCCUCUCGUGACGUAG